AAGGGUGGAGACGGGGGAAGGCGAAGGACGCGCGUUCCCGAGCUCGUGACCGCCGGCAGCUCUGGGAACCCGCGCCCAGACAGCUCAGGAGAGAUGGCAGGCGGCGGGGACCGGCGCGUCCUGGGCACUCUCCACCUGCUGCUGCUGGUAACCGCCCUGCCCCUGGUGGCUUGGGGGAUCAGUCGGGGCGCGGCAGCCUGGACACAGGAGAAGAAUUAUCACCAACCAGCCCUUCUGAAUGUGUCAUCUCUUCGGCAAGCUGCAGAAGGCACCAGCAUUUCUAAAAUGUGGCAAAAUGACUUACGGCCACUGCUGAUAGAGCGGUAUCCCGGAUCCCCUGGAAGCUACGCUGCUCGCCAGCACAUCAUGCAGAGAAUUCAGAGACUUCAAGCUGGCUGGGUCUUAGAAGUAGACACCUUCUUGAGUCAGACACCCUACGGAUACCGGUCUUUUUCAAACAUCAUCAGCACCCUCAAUCCUAUGGCUAAAAGACACUUGGUCCUCGCCUGUCACUAUGACUCCAAGUAUUUUCCCCAUUGGGACAACAGAGUGUUUGUGGGAGCCACUGAUUCAGCCGUGCCAUGUGCGAUGAUGCUGGAACUUGCCCGGGCCUUAGACAAGCAACUUCUUUCCUUGAAGAACAUUUCAGACUCAAAGCCAGAUCUCUCACUCCAGCUAAUUUUCUUUGAUGGGGAAGAGGCUUUUCUUCACUGGUCUCCUCGUGACUCUCUGUAUGGGUCUCGGCACUUAGCUCCAAAGAUGGCAUCGACCCCGCACCCACCUGGAGCGAGGGACACCAACCAACUGCACGGCAUGGAUUUACUGAUUUUAUUGGAUUUAAUUGGAGCUCCAAACCCAACAUUUCCCAGUUUUUUCCCAAACACUGCCAGAUGGUUUGAUAGACUUAAAGCAAUUGAACAAGAACUCCAUGAAUUAGGUUUGCUCAAGGAUCACUCUUGGGAGGGGCGGUAUUUCCAGAAUUAUGGUUAUGGAGGUGUGAUUCAGGAUGAUCAUAUUCCAUUUUUAAGAAAAGGAGUUCCAGUUUUGCAUCUGAUACCAAUUCCUUUCCCUGAAGUCUGGCACACCAUGGAUGACAAUGAAGAAAAUUUGGAUAAAGCAACCAUUGACAAUCUAAACAAAAUCCUACAAGUCUUUGUGUUAGAGUAUCUUCAUUUGUAAUAACCUGAUUUAGUUUAUGGUAAUUGCAUCUGGUAUCACAUUCAAAUUCAAUUUAAAAUAAUUCAAUUUUAUUUAAAAUAAUUUGACUCCAGACAAAUGCUGUGUGAAAACUUCUAUCCUAUAGGUUCAUUCUGUACGUACUUUUAAAUAUCCUAGAUUUAUGUCAUUGUCCUAAAUUGCUUGUUAAUUUUUAUUUAGCAAUAAAGUAAGGAGAAUGUAAGAAAUCUGAAGAUAACUAUGUUCUAAAAACUCCUUUAGAUAAGAAACUAUGAAGCUAAAUCAGGUUCAUAUAAGUCAGUAUCAUGGUCUUCUAAACAAUACUUAAAUAUGAUGGUCAUGUGCAAUGUGUAGCCUUAGUUUUAUGAUUUUUUUAUACUUGGGAAUCUGUUGCAUAUAAUCCAAAAUAGAAAUGUGGUUUGAAGAUUCCCAUUUCUUUGAGAAAUCUUUGUAUGGUUUAUCUCAUGGAAAUUAAACCAGAAUUAAAUGCCA